GGUUUGCGUAAGCAGUUGGGCGAACUAAAGGAUACUGUUGACCGGCAUGAUACCCGAACAGCCGAAAAUUCACAGCGCGUUGAAGUCAACGAACGCAGGCUCAAUGGCGGCACUACCAGGGUGAAAGUGAAAAGACCCGCCGAUCUCUCCCGAUUACUUCUCAGCGAUGGUAUGCGCCGAUCUGAAAAUGGGACAAAUGCCCUCCAGAUCCAGUCUCUGCACUGGGCCGGCCGCGAGCCCCACAAAUUUCUGAUCGUCCGCUUCCUCACAUCCGGCGACAAGCAGCUGUUUGACAGCUGGAAACGCUUCCUCGCAAAGGACUUCACUCCCCACGGCCGUGUAAUUGCUAUACGAAGUGACCUGACCAAAAUGCAAUACCUCUCAGCUCUACGCGCAAAAGAGCUGACGAAACGUUUGCAAGGUAAUGGCGUUUAUGCCAUUGCAUCCGAUACCCGAAUUGGUAUCGGGGCGCAUCAUGCCGGCGUUUCUUAA